CGAAUUGAACUUUAUCCCACUUAAUAUAAUCUGAAUACCACAGAUUAUCUAACUACUACAUAUAAUCUACAUACCACAUAAUGUCUGCAAUUACAACCAAGUUCGUUACAGACCACCAGCUUACCAAUGAGAUGAGUAUCGAAGAGCUCAGUCAGUAUGCGCCAGAAAUGCGUGACCUCUUGGGAGAAGAUAGAGAGAAAAGGCGCCAGACCCGUAAUCGUCUUCAAAAAGGGUAUAAAUUUAGCAAAGAACAGGCAUUUGCAUUGAUUCCUGACCAGAGAAAUGGGCGGUAUAUAAGUCAAGUACCGAUCCUAGAGGAAUUAGGAUUAGCGCCUUCAGAAGCUGAAGUUAAUAUAAGCCUAGUAUCUGAGAAUACCCCAGAAGGGGAGACUAUUAAAGAAAUAGCUCAGCGCAUUGUUCGGGAUAAUCUUAGUGAAAGAAAUGUAAAAACGAUAUCAAGAACCUUAGUCGAAACGGCCUCUGAUCCUAUCAUUGCCUCAUCACGACUCUCCAGGCUUCAAAGAGAAUUGCGGAAGCUUAACACCUCGGAGGCGAUAAUCUCUGCCACCAAGAUUUCGGAGAUAACCAGAGCAUCUAAUAAAAUCCAACAGAAGCGUACUGAGCAACGUAAAAAUGAAGGACUCCAUUAUCCAGACCACUUCUCGUUAGAAUCGGUUAAGGAACGGCUAGAUUUAUAUGUUGUGUCUAACACACCCGAUAAACAGGCCCUAGCUGAUGUAAUGAUUAUGCUCUGUAUCCGCCCUACUGAAAUUAAAAACUUGCGCAUAGCAAAUGGGGGCGUAACGGGAUACGCAAAAAACCGAGGCCAACAGGAUGUUCCUCGGGUGUUCAGAUCGCUGGAAAAAAAUGAGGAGCGAGCAAGGCAAUUGCUUACAUGGAUUCAGGAAGCAAUUUCUUCCAGACAGUUAAGAGAUCCAGGAAAACCUGGAUCGACAUACUUAAGUUCGUUUCUGAAAAAAGAAGAAUAUAUUCCUAAACCUUAUGAGCCAUUACUCCCUAGUUCCUUGCGCAAAUUAGGGGCGGUAUUUGCUUUGGUAGUCCAUGGGCCUAAAAAUCCGUCAAAAGCCAAUACUUAUGCCAGUGAAGCCCUUCGACAUUCGCCGAAUAACCAUGCUUCUCCAUCUGAUAGAUAUACUAUAGUUAAUUUCAGAAGGAGGGGGCAACCUUAUGAUCAAGCAAAACCAUUCUGGAUUUCUGAUGAAAACUAA